CCAACUUGCUUUUUGAAACUCUCUUCAGUACGCACGCGGCAUAGUCUCCUUCUACAUUAGGGCAAUAAUCAAUCAUGGGUGCCGUCUUUGGUGCCGCAGACAUCGAAAAGCUAGUUGCCAACUUUCCUCCUCUUUCAAUUUCAGCGAAUGGUCGUCCUGCCGUCGUUCGCAGCUUUUCCAGAAACAGUCUCAAGAAUACUGCAGAGGUCCUCUCAUAUUUCAAGACAUUGGUUGAGCGCCAUGACCAGAGAAUACAAAGAUCGAGUCUGAAUUCUGUUCUUGGCAUCGAAGAGAACAGCGAUGGCAUCCUCCUCGAUACGUUGGACUCGCAGCUCUACUACAGUGCUGAUGGUCGAUAUAUCAUACCACACCCUCUUAUUGAGAAUAUUGCCGCGGUUCUCAAGGAGCGAGCGCUCCGGUUAGCAGUCGAUCUUCACGCUUUUGCUCGGGAGCAGGACAUUCGCUACGACAGCUUGGAACGAAUGAUAGAAGAAUACUCUGGGAAGGACUGGCCUCGUGUGAUUAUCGAUGUAGAUAACACCUCGUUCCUCUGCAGCUAUGUUUACUCCGAGAGUGUCAAGACUCAAAUACACAAUGCCACUUCCGACGCUGGCACAGACAUCUGCAACAUAAGCUCCAUCAUUGGGCCAGACAUACCUGCACCCGUCGUGGCCGCUCUCGCAACGGAAAUCGCAGAAAGCAAAGGUGGCGAAGUCAAAUUUUCUGGAGAGCAUGUGGUUUAUAUACCAAAAGGGCACAUUGCAGCUGCUACAACUCAGGACGAAGAAGUUAGAACCGCUCAGGUGGGCAGUCUUGUCGUUAAACUCGAGCACGAUGGCUUUUGCGUGCUUCGAGAGUCACCAGCAGAGUUUGUGAACGAGCUCAACGGAGAUGUGGCUUUGGAUGAUGCUGUGAUAGCUGAGUUUGCGAGAAAGAACCCAAAUAGUCUCCGUCCGCUUGCAGUCGAUGUCAGGCCUGAAGCUGAGGUGGUAGCUCGCGCGAGCAGGCUCUUAAAGGAUACAAAGCUAAUAGUCAGGCCCGAGACACUCCGCGAUGAACUGGACAUAAUCAAGAUGGCUGUCGGUACAAGAGCAGGGAUCCUCUGGAGAACCGGUCCCAAUGCAGCAAUGCCUGCGAAUGUCGUGCGAGACUUGCAGCACUCUGAUUUUGGUACACAGCACAAAGAAGAGCUUGCAGACUUGCUGAUACGCAGUCCAUACGCGAAGGAACUCGAAGCUACAGCUUUGAAUUGUUUGUCCGAGCUCGAAGCGGAAAGGCAUGAACAGUUCGUGGAGCUGGUCGGCAGUAGACUCUGGUAUCCACUACACUGCUAUGCGGCUGGUGUCAUGGAAGUACAGGAUCCCACACUGAAACAGCAUCUCGAAGACUUCAUCACAGUACAAAUGAAGUCGGAUGCAGUACCUGCGACGAUCAGUGCUGCGCGAGAUCAAGGCUUUCUCAACGACAGACCGCGCAAGAAAGAAACCGAUAAGCUGCAGAAGUCGAUAGAAGAGGGCAAAAUACUUCCAGACGUUCAGAAGGCAAUCGCGAAAUUUGCGAAGAAGCUGAACAUUCCAGCACCCAGCGAGUCGCACGUGUUCACGACCAAGUCUCGCGCACUUUCACAAACGCUGAAGUCCAUGGACAGGAUGCACCGCGGGUCGGAUGUCUUGCAGAACCUGAUCUGGGUUCUGCUCGCAACAAGUGGACCGGGACUGUUUAUGAGCUCGGGCAAAGACACGAGUAGAAUGAUCAAACACUAUGAUUCCGUCUGCGAUGACCCUGAAGUUGCAGGUCUGCUUGCCAUCUGGAGAGAUAAGCUGAAAAGCGGCACUGAAGACCCUGAAGACAUUCGGCAAAUGAAGGAGCUAGCGAAGGCUGCAGUGGAGGAGUGGACAGAGGAGGAGCGUCGCAGGCCGUAUGUCGGCACGUGAAGUGGCACAAUUGUUGCAAUAAGCUUGCUGAUCUUCACAAUGCUUCGUGGGUGUGCCGAAAAUAAGCUCUGUAUUGUUGCGAGCAAUCCGAGCCAGCUUACUUCGGGUGACGCUCAAUCAACAAUCGGAUCGCGCCCCAUGGCCAUCUGCAAUUGCUAUUGUCGGCACAGGCGCUUGUGGUUCUAUCUGAGCAGAGCUAUUGUCGGCGGCACCAAUAUCAGAAGUGGGUCCACCUCCUCGCCCACUUUGCUAUUGUGCGCUAUUGUCCUAUUCACCUCACCUCCGAGUAGCUACUCACUAUUGUCACCUGGAACACGCUAAGAAAUCAAGC